GCCGCUACGGUGCUGACAAGAUGGCGGCUGGCGGGGCUGUCGCUGCGGCGCCCGAGUGCCGGCUUCUGCCCUACGCGCUACACAAGUGGAGCUCCUUCUCCUCCACCUACCUUCCCGAAAACAUUUUAGUGGAUAAACCAAAUGACCAAUCUUCAAGGUGGUCUUCAGAGAGCAACUAUCCUCCCCAGUACUUGAUUCUGAAACUUGAAAGGCCUGCCAUAGUCCAGAACAUCACCUUUGGAAAAUAUGAGAAAACUCAUGUCUGCAAUUUGAAGAAAUUUAAAGUCUUUGGUGGAAUGAAUGAAGAAAAUAUGACAGAGCUCUUGUCCAGUGGCUUAAAGAAUGAUUAUAACAAAGAAACAUUCACCUUGAAGCAUAAAAUUGAUGAACAGAUGUUCCCUUGUCGGUUCAUUAAAAUAGUUCCACUCUUAUCCUGGGGACCCAGCUUUAACUUUAGCAUCUGGUAUGUUGAACUUAGUGGCAUUGAUGAUCCCGAUGUAGUACAGCCCUGUCUCAACUGGUAUAGCAAGUACCGUGAACAGGAAGCCAUUCGCCUUUGCCUAAAACACUUUAGGCAACACAACUAUACAGAGGCCUUUGAAUCGCUGCAAAAAAAAACCAAGAUUGCCCUGGAACAUCCCAUGUUAACAGAUCUACAUGAUAAACUGGUACUGAAGGGUGAUUUUGAUGCUUGUGAAGAAUUGAUUGAAAAAGCUGUAAAUGAUGGUUUAUUCAAUCAGUAUAUCAGUCAACAGGAAUAUAAGCCACGAUGGAGUCAAAUCAUUCCCAAAAGCACGAAGGGUGAUGGAGAAGAUAACCGACCAGGAAUGAGAGGGGGCCAUCAGAUGGUUAUUGAUGUUCAAACAGAGACCGUGUAUUUGUUUGGUGGCUGGGAUGGAACGCAAGAUCUUGCUGACUUCUGGGCGUACAGCGUGAAGGAGAACCAGUGGACAUGUAUCUCUAGAGACACUGAGAAAGAGAAUGGUCCUAGCGCCAGAUCAUGUCAUAAGAUGUGCAUUGACAUUCAGCGAAGGCAAAUCUACACGUUGGGGCGUUAUUUGGAUUCCUCUGUGAGGAACAGCAAAUCUCUGAAAAGUGACUUCUAUCGUUAUGACAUUGACACAAACACAUGGAUGUUACUCAGUGAGGAUACUGCUGCUGAUGGAGGGCCAAAAUUGGUGUUCGAUCAUCAGAUGUGUAUGGACUCAGAAAAACAUAUGAUCUACACCUUUGGUGGUAGAAUUUUGACAUGUAAUGGCAGCGUAGACGACAGCAGAGCGAGUGAACCACAGUUCAGUGGGUUGUUUGCUUUCAACUGUCAAUGUCAAACUUGGAAACUUCUUCGAGAGGACUCCUGUAAUGCUGGGCCUGAAGACAUCCAGUCUCGGAUAGGACACUGCAUGCUAUUCCACUCAAAAAAUCGUUGCUUAUAUGUAUUUGGUGGCCAGCGAUCGAAGACCUAUUUGAAUGAUUUCUUUAGUUAUGAUGUGGACUCUGAUCAUGUAGACAUAAUAUCAGAUGGCACCAAGAAAGACUCUGGAAUGGUUCCAAUGACAGGAUUCACACAGAGAGCAACCAUUGAUCCCGAACUGAAUGAAAUACAUGUCUUAUCUGGACUCAGCAAAGACAAGGAGAAGAGGGAGGAAAAUGUCAGAAAUUCAUUCUGGAUUUAUGACAUUGUGAGGAAUAGUUGGUCUUGUGUCUAUAAGAAUGAUCAAGCUGCAAAGGAUAAUCCAAAUAAAAGUCUCCAGGAGGAAGAACCAUGUCCAAGAUUUGCCCAUCAGCUUGUAUAUGAUGAGUUACACAAGGUUCACUAUUUAUUUGGUGGGAAUCCAGGAAAAUCUUGCUCCCCAAAGAUGAGAUUAGAUGACUUCUGGUCACUGAAGUUAUGUAGGCCUUCAAAAGAUUACUUACUGAGGCACUGCAAGUACCUGAUAAGAAAACACAGGUUUGAAGAAAAGGCCCAAAUGGAUCCCCUUAGUGCCCUGAAAUACUUGCAAAACGAUCUUUAUAUAACUGUGGAUCAUUCAGACCCAGAAGAGACAAAAGAGUUUCAGCUUCUAGCUUCAGCUCUAUUCAAAUCUGGUUCAGAUUUUACAGCUCUAGGCUUUUCGGAUGUGGAUCACACCUAUGCUCAAAGAACUCAGCUCUUUGACACCUUAGUCAAUUUCUUUCCUGACAGCAUGACUCCUCCUAAAGGCAACCUGGUAGACCUCAUCACACUGUAACCGAAGAGCCACUGGACAGACAUGGAGAACGUCUGCUUUCGGUAGUCUGGAGUUCAACUCUGUUGACCGACACUUAGGCUGCAGUGACUGAGGACUGCACCAGAAUUUUGAAGGGAUCUUUACUGUCACAAGUUUUAACCCUCUUCCUUCAUACCUGACCUCAGCCCCUUUCUCCUCAUCCCACUCCUGAAUUAGGCUAAUAAAGUGAAAUUGGUAUACUUUCCAUUUAAAUAUAUAUAUAUUUUUUCUUACUUUACCUUUUAAGAACUAAUGAGUAUAAAAGGAAAAAUAAUUAGGCAGUUUACCCUUUUCUGAUUUUUAUUUCAUUUUAUAAAAUUGGGGCAAGUAAGCACUAUUAACCAGACUCAGUGCUGUAGGAAUUGGGGUUUUGUUGGCUUGUUUUGGCCUGCCUUCUUUCUCCUCCUCUCCCCUUUCACUUUACCUCACAUUACGCAGACUGCUUAUAAGUGGUGUCACUUGUUUACCUCUUUAAUUCAUUUUUUAAAGUGUAUAGUUCUGUAGAGCAAAUGAUGUAAAAGUGACAUAUGUGUCUCUGUUGACUAGUCUCGUAUUACAUUAAACAAUAGGAGGAACAGAGGGCUCUAAUGUAUGCUUCUUGUCAUAGAACUAAAAAAUGAAACCCAAGAUUAAUCCAGGCACUUAUCUGAGAUUGGUCUAUAGUAUUUCUAUAAUGAUAUAUUUUAUAGUGGAUAUUACCAUAGCUUUGAGUCACAGAAACCUUAAACUGAGGAGAAUAUAGUUCAGAACCUUUAAGAGCCAUUAUAAAAAUUACCAGCAAUCACUAGUAGUGAUUAAUAUGUUCAUUGAUGUCUUUGUAGCAAAUUUUUAGAAGAAAACAACUUCUUUCUCUGAUAGAGAUGUGCUUCCAUUUCUACUUUUUUGCUUUUUGUAGCAUGUUCAUUUGGGAGGGUGGGUUUCCAGAGCUAUGCUUUUGUUAUUUCCAUAUACAUUAGCUUCCUACAUCUGUUUCUGUACACUGACAUUUGAAAGAAUAAUAGUUUGUAGUUGUCUGACGGAAUACAGCUGACAGGCAUUUCGUUAAGCACACACACAGGCUUUUAAAUGGAAAAGAAGAGAAUAAUGGUGCAGAUAUUUUUUCACUAAAAGAAAGACAGGUGUGAGGAUGCAGGUAUUAUGCAUCGUUCCGUGGGGUGCUGUGGAAUGCGGUCCAGGACACACGCCUGGCCAGUGCUUACACUCACUCAAACCGAUGCCCACGGUGCCUCAAGCGGACCAGGUACAAUAAGUGUUCAUCAUCCAGGAGCUGUGAAAAGUGAGUGACCUAAUGGAAUUAGGAUGUCCCUAAAUAGUGAGAUCAGACCUCACCAAAGAAAGCGAAGAAAUUGACUUGCACUUUUGAAAAGUAUAGGAAUGAGACAGAUCCUUCUUCACUCUGUCUUUAUUGCUUGGUUUAACUUAUUUGGGAAUGGACAGCAAUAUAUUUUUCCUAGUUCUAGACUUGAAUCUUGGAUUUCUUAGCUUUCCAAGCAUCCCAAAGCUAUCUGUAGUGAUUAAAUAAUUAGAUAUGUACCUUGCCUUGUGAAAGCUAUAGUAUGUAAUUUACUAAGUACCAAAUUGUGCAGCUGCAGAAUAACUAAUUGACUUUAUAGGUAAGCAAAUAGAGUCUACUUACAUUCUUGUACAGUUUCCAUAAAAUGAUUCCCAUCAGUGACAGUCAAGCAUAUAAAAUAUUGUCACUAAUAUUGUAGCCUAUUGAAUCUUGUUUUGUGGAAACAGGUACAAAUCCAAGAGUCCGUAGGGAAGAACUUGAGCUUGAUAAGAGUUUCUAAAUUUAAAAGCUCUAGUUUUGCUUACUGUGAAUUCUGGCACUUUAAACAUACUAACCAAAUGAAAUUCUGCUGCCCUCCACCAUUUAUUUCUACUUUCUUUGUUGUUUGGCUUUUGUUUGUUUGUUUUUCAUGAGUUCCUCAGGCUCCGUAUUUGGAAGAAACUCAGUUCUUGACCUCAGUGAUUUUGUUUCUCCCUAACUCACUAUGAGUUGCCUUUUAACAUGUGCUUAUUUUAAUUUUAUCUUUCCCCACUUUAGUUAGGUGGAACCUUGACCCUUUUCUUCAUUUCUGGAAUUUUUUUUUUUUACACCAACAUGUUUAGAUGGGGCUGAACCAUAGUGAACCAUUCAGUGUUACCUAAGUGGACUGUAUCAAGGAGGUUAUUGACUAGGUAGAGUUUGUUCCAUGGGGAUUUAAAGGAGCACUACUGGUAACGAUCCCAGGAGACUGUAGGGCUUUAUGAUAUCCAUGACCAGGACUGACACAUUACUCACACUUCAGAACCUGAUUGAAAACCUGUGUAUAUAUGUAUAUCGGACUGAAGCUCUAGUUGCAUUCAUUUAUAGGGUACAGUUUGCUCAGUUUCAUCAUCCAUAGCUCCAAGUUAUCCCCAUUUCUCUCUUUCCCAGUGGAACAUAUUAUUCCAGAAUAGUAAACUAGAUCUCUAACAUUAUUUUCAGUGCUUGUACUUCAUGAGAAAUUACCAGAUUGGAAAGAGAAUUCUAAAAUGCAUUUGUAUUCUGUGGAAUAACAGAGACCUCGUGUGGCCAGUUUGAUUAAUUCAAAUGUAUCAAUCACUCAAGCAAAGGAAUGCAGACUUGGGUGCCUGACUCACUGCUCAAGCUGACAGGUGGUCUUAACUCUUCACAAAAUCAUCCUUUUAGACAUGGUUUUCAUUUAUUCUAAAAUUGACCCAUCCAUGUCUAAAAAAGUAAAAAACUGAUAGAAAACAUUUAUAAAGCUAAUUCACUGGUUUAUCACAGAAAGGCUUGUUGGGUUUAGAGCACAAUGAUUUUAGGAUGAUAGAACUCCAUUCUUGGGUGAAAUAUGUUGAAUAUAAAUGGUUCCCAAUUGGCCCACUGUUUGGAGAAACGUUAACAGAAUUUCAUGUAAUUAUAAGAGUUUUAAAAUCUAACUUACAAACAAAAACUAGAAUGAGAAUCAUGUUUUAAUGGAUCGAAAAGCACUUAGGAGCAUGUUCCUGAGUUUAGUCUCUGAAUUAUACUCCGUUUCAUGGUUACAACAUGAAGAAGUCAGAAUUAUUAACACCAAUGGGGAUUCAUUGGGUAACUGUGGGUCAUUAUUUCCUGAGUGAAUGUUGUAUUAACUCUUUAGCUGGCUGAAUGUUGCACAAAGGUUGAGAAUUAUGAUAUGAAGUGAUUUUUGUGGGAGGGGAUCAUUAACAAAUGUGUACUCUAAACAAAGUCAUCUAGCUAUAAAAAAAAAAACAUAGCCUUCAGAACCUUCCUUUUCUUAAAAAUCCGUGAUUGUCUACAGUUUAAUCGUUUUUCAUAAACUCUGGCCUGAAUUUUUAACGGAGGUUUAAAUUCUUAAAAUUGUCCUUGAUCUGGGAUUGCAUGCUUCCUCAAAAAGUUUAUAGUUAUUAAAGAGUAUCUUCUCUGCAUAUGACAAUAUUUGUAGAUUAAAUCUUUGGGCUCUUUCACUCAAAGGUUUUUGUAUUACUAGUCAAAUAACAAUAUUCUUUUGUGAUUUUUGACUGUAGUCUGUAUCUCCUGUGAUGUGUAUCAAUGCUGAAAUGACUUGGCUCUCUAAAAUUUCUGGUCUAGAAGUAUUUCAGUGGAAGGUGUAAGUUUUCAAGUUUGUUGAAACAGUCCAUUGGGAGCCAACCAGAUGUUGCCAUUGUUUGUUUUGGCGGGAGAACUCAUUACAAUUUAUUAACUUCUUCACCAAAUGCUCUUUUUUCUCAAAAAAGAAUGCUUAGAGAUUUUAUUUUACAUAAAUUUUGAACCAUGAUUCCCUCCUACCUGACAAAUAGUGUGAAUUGUGUAUCCAUUAUUCCCUUAGCUAAACUGACUUUAUUCUCAGCUUUUUUAGCCCUGGAUUUCCUAGGUUUUCUGUGGCAUUGCUUGAAAGUGUUGUACUGCUUAAGGAAAAAAAGUCAAAAUAAUUCUGAGGCAAACAUGCUCUUCUAUCCUUGCUUAUGACAACAGAAUAGUGAAAUUUUAAAUUAUGGAUUAUUAAAGAAUUACCAGUGUUCAGACAUUGCUAUAAAAAUCCUCGAGUCAGUGUUCAUGUGGAGGGUAGUAACAUGGCUGUGGCAGCGGCGUAGGGGGGCCAGUGUUGCUUGCUUCUUUCCCUGGCCCUGGGAAGUCCAGUCCGAAAACAGUUCAUCAGGUACAGGCUUCAUAGGUGGGGCUCAUGGAAUUCAGCACAUCACCAGGUUUCCAUUUGCCUUUGUCUUUUAUUUAUAUUUUUUAGCCUUUUUUCCUCUCUACUUCCACCACCUCUGAAUAGCAUUCAUAUAUCUCCUGAGAUGGGGAUUUGUGUUAAGAAUUGACUUUCAAUUUCUGAUAUGAUCGUGUAUUAGGAAUAGCUUUGAUUGCUAUGAAGUGGUUGGUAUUUGCUCACUUCUUAAAAUUAUUACUAAUAAUUAUGGAAUAAUUUACCUUUUUAUCUGCUGUUCAAACAGCCCAGUGAACUAUGAAACGUCUGUGUGCAACCCUCUUUUGUCUGUCUGUGUGGCAUUUUUCACUUAGAGGCAUUGAACUCCGGGAGGGGGUUCGAAAGUGAGAGAGGAGAAUGAGGAUAUGUUAGAGAAAGAAAAGUAGGAGUUUUUGCUCAUGGAUUCAAAGGUCCACAAAUCUAAAUGAAAAAGCUCUUCAUUUCUGAACCUAAAUUCGUUUUACUAAUGCAGUGCUGGCUGGAUGACUCAAAGCUCACUUAUUCUGCACAGUUUUUGGAAUACAGCAUUUCCUGGUUAGUUUCUUUUCUCAUCUCUCCCAAAUAACUGUUAGAGAUCUUGAAACAGAAAACCGGUGUCAUGGACUCUAGAGUUUAAACUAGGUGAGCAGCUUCCUAUGUCCAGCCAGUUCCUUGAUAAGGAUCCAGUGGGAAAACCAGCAACGAAACAUUUUAACGUGCAGUUUGGGGGCUCCCAUGGAACUUGUUUUUUCAUCGUGUUUAAGUUCUUGCUGCACGUCUCUGUGAUCUGGGACGCUCACGAUUGCAGCAGUUAGUUUGGAUUUUUGAGCUGUCUGCCACAUGAAUACCAGCCUGGAGAGAUCAUCACUCUUCAGUUUCAUUCAGUGCUUCAUAAAUGCCAGAUUAAUUGGCAGGAAGGAAAAACACUGUGUUAUAUACUGGACGGGCCUAUGUGCGUGAUUAAGGAGUUGCUCAAGUAGUCGGUUUGAGCUUUAUUUCUCUCCUUUGUUAACAGAUCUCAAGAAAAAGCCUUUGUUAUACUUUAGCCAGUGUCAUUUUGUUGGUGCUUAAUAACGUUUUAAAAUGGGAAGAAAGUGGUUAUUUCAUGUUUAACUUAUAACCUAUACAGAAUUGAACUGACAUCAAUUGCUUUCUAUACUUUAGAAUUAAUUAUACACAAUCCCAUGGGUCUCUGUUUAUCCACUUUACCAAGAAAUACAUGUGUUCCAGGCUUGGCAUUGGAAGUAUUUGAUAAUUUUGGUUUGUUCUUUAGGUUUCCUUCACGUUUAGAAAGUGAUUAACUAGAGUAGGUAUCUGGAAUAAGUCCGAUUCCAUUGCACCUGGCAGAGCUUUAUGAAUUCUUUUUGCAACAAAGAGGAGGAUCUUAUACCAACAAGGCUGUGCCCUCAGAUGUCUGCUGGUCACGUCCUAGCAUGUUGCCUGUAGUUGCUGUAUCCACCUUGAGAUAAAGGGGAGGAAGCGGAGGACAGAGAUGCACAGCUGUACCUUCUUUCGGUUGUCUACUUUCAAAGUCCUCGGAUAUUCUACCACCGUAAAGACUUAGCCUAAUUUUACCUAGACACGUGAGCUAUGCUUGCCAGAACCCUGAAUACAAACUGUAAGACAUACGAAAGUAACUGUCCAACCAGCCCGAAAUCUGACAGUAGGAUAUCAAAGUCCAAAAUUUAAGUAUUUUGUGGGGGAAGAUGUGUGUUUUAAAAAGUUAUACACUUGGUCUCCUUUUUGAGAUUUUUUUUCCUUUCCCAGAAAGAAUGGUUGUGGUGACUGACCAAUUGUAAACUAUUUUCUCCCUCAAUUGUGAACCACCCAUUUGAAGAAACAAAAGUGGACUUCCUUUCUUAAGUAUUACAUACAGCCUGGCCAAGAGAUGCUAUGAUUUUGUUAUUCUGUAAGCCACCUUGCUUUUUUGACUUGUGCAAAAUGUCUUUUGAAAUGAAUAAAUUAGUGCAAGUAUUCAUUUUCCUUUAUGUAUAGCUUUAGGUCAAUUGCAAAAUAAUGUGACAUUUUCCUAUGGGCAAAUUUCCUUUAUGGAUAUAUAGAUAGAUUUUUUUUCUUUUAUUUAAAGAGAUUCCUUCUCUGUCACCACUUCAGACUCCCUAUAAAGUUGAAUAUGUAGCCUCAGAAGAAGAGUAUAGGACAGCUAAGAUGAGGACCUCCUUUUCUUGUCGUGGUCUUGGUAAUUGGCAUAUUGGUCUUGGCAUAUUUGUGUUAUAAGCAGAUUGGGAAAGAUGCUACGAUUUUUUUUAAGUGAACUCUUUUACUUUAUAAAUUAGUAUUCAGUGGCCAGUAAUUAAGAUCCCUUAAGAAUAGAGAUAGAUCCUCAAAACUGAAGUUGGACUGGAAAUUAGAUUGGGAAGGAAGAUACAGCUCCAUCUAUACCCAAUAGAUUGUGUCUUCCUGGUUUGCAUAUUGAUGUUGUGGGCAGCCCUUGCUCCUGGUUAAAACAUCUCCUAGAUUGCAAACAUGGUGUGACAGUGACCAGCUCACCUGAAAGUUAGACAGUUAAAUCUCUUUUAUGGGACUUUGAAAUAAAAACAUUUAUUGAUUUUUGUGAUAUAAAAAAAUGCGUUUAUCAUUGAAAUUUAGGAAAUUACUAAGCGUAAAGAAGGAAAACCACACUAUUAACUGAUGAGACGUACUCAUUUUGUUUUUCCUGACUUUCUUCUGUUAACUCCACAUGAGAAAGCCCAGAAGAGGUUAAAAAAAAAAAAUGGACACAGCCAUUCUCAUUCUCUUUUGCCGCCUGUGUGGAGGACUGAGGUAUGAGCCUGUGUGCCUGCCCUCACUCAGAUUCCCUCAAGCAGUGCCCUUCCCCAGGCGGACAGUCUGAAAAUGAUUCUCUUGAUAUACGUCUUUUAAGUGUGAACUAAGGAUAUGGAGUAUUACCCAGAAGCCUAUAGGGAGCUGCCUUGUUCAGUUUAUUGGAAAUUUCAUCUCUAAAACUCAUUUGAUCUUUUAAGCCCUUAAGCACCACCAUUAUGGACACUUGAAGCGUAUUUUUACCCAUGAAGAGCUUUCUCUUUAUUAGGUGGACUUUUUAACAUGACCAUAAAGAAACCCACACCCGAAAAGAAUGAGCUACUUUCAAAGGAAGGCCAAAGGAAACGCAGAGAAAAAGCAAAGCAUAAGCAAAACGGAUGAAAUGAACCCAAAUGUGAAUUAGGAGUCCUGGAAACCAGAGCUCCCUUACCACACUUGCGCAGGUGUCUCCCCCUAAAAAUGUAGUUCUCUGCUCCCUAGCUAAGAUCCAGAAGCUUUGGAUUUCAAAGGAGACUCUUCUUAGUGUGUAAAGCUGAAAGCUGCAGCCCUUUCAAGGUCCUGCUCUUUCUUUUGCUCUCCUCCUCUGUGGUAGCGUGGCUCAGGGCCGUAUCCCGAAGGACCCACGUCCGAAACCAAUCAUGAGGGGACUGUGGAGCGGCAGCGUGAGCUGGCUGGAGCUCUUCUCUCGUCCUGGGCGCUCCAGGUCAUUCAUCGCUGGGCUGUGUGGACUGUGUUCUGCAAUCUUCCCCAGUCCCCUCAUCAUCCUCUCCGGUUUUGUCUUUUUUUUGCCCAGUCUAUAUGGAGUCUUAGGGUUUUUUUCUUUUCUUUUUCUAGUACAAGUAAUUUUCUGAUCCCAGGUUUGGUGAAUGUGUUAACACUGCUUUGUGAAUAAAUAAACGAGUGAUCGGCUGAAUGGUUGCAAUUGUAGAAUUCUGUUGUAUGUAAUGUACAUAUGGAGAAAGAAUGUAUUUUGUUCAUUUUCUUAAUAAAAAGUUAUAUAUGGACAUUA